UUGAAAAACAGAGAUUGCCACACCAUUAUUGCUUUCGUUGUAUCUAUACAUGUGGAGGAAGAAGCCGCGGUCGAUUGUUGCUGCUGAUGCCUCGCUCAUUUUUCCGCGGACUCUUCUGUACAUCGGUAUACCGUACCCACACGUAUUGUAGCGCGCGACCGGAGCGAGUUGGAGUCGAAGAAAUAAUAUACAGAAAUAAUACACUCUCGUCGUCGUUUUGGUUGUUGUAUCGCCGAUACUUGCCAACGCGCGCGGUAAUCGCCAUAAUGAUGUUCAUGGCUUGCUGGAUGUCGUACGUGUGCCGGCUACAGAUGGCGAUCCUCGUGGUACCGAUGAUAGCCGGCGGGGACAACAAAAACCUGUCCGGCGCUUGCAUCAAUCCCGAGGACCAGGGCUCGCGGGUCUCGCGGUCGCUUCUCAGCGGCCAGGACGAAUUUUUGUACAGAAUAGCGAGCGACGAGGUAAGCACGAGGCUGAGACGUCAGGACGACGCCAGUAAGCCGAUCGAGAGUCGGGAGUUCCUGGACCUGUGGAGCAAUAGACCCUUCGACUGGACGUCUCAGACUCGAGGGGAACUGUUGGCGGGGUACGGUAUCGGCAAUGUGCCGGGAAACCUGAUCGGCGGUGUAAUGGCCAUGAAGUUUGGCCCACGGCAAACGAUUUUGUGGACGUCGCUGAUAUCCGCCCUGCUGUCGUUGAUCAGUCCAAUCCUCGCGAACAUGCACUGGGCCGUACUGCUAGUCUCCCGCAUGCUCGUGGGCCUCAUGGGAGGCGCGAUUUUCCCAGCCUGUCACGCCAUGGUGGCCAAGUGGGCACCACCAGCCGAAAAGACCCGGUUCGUCUGGUCCCUCCAGGGUGGCGCUCUCGGUACCAUUAUAACUUAUCCGAUAAUCUCUGCCCUCGCCGCUAACGUAUGCUGGGAGUCGGGCUGGUACAUACCUGCGAUUAUGAUGCUCUUCUGGGUGGUCAUCUGGUUCUUCACAGCUUACGACUCGCCUGCCGAUCAUCCGACGAUCAGUGAGGAGGAGAAGAAUUACAUUUUAACAGCUCAAGGCAACAGCUUGCGGGUCGACAAGCCGACGCUGAAGCAAACGCCGAUCUUGGCGAUCAUCACCUCAAUACCGUUUAUCUGCCUGGUCUUACUCCACUUUGGCAACCUCUACUUAAUCUUCUUCUAUCAAUUCACGUCGAUGCUGUACUUUACGCGCGCUCUGGGCUUUAAGCUUACCAAGGGUGGCAUGUUGGCUUCGCUUCCUUGGCUAGCGCGCAUACUAUUUGGUCUCUUGUUCAGCUGGUUAGGUGACUUCGUCAAGAGACGCCCAAACAUCAUCUCCCCGACCAACUUCCGCAAAUUAGCGACUAUAUUCUCUCAUCUCCUGCCUGGACUCUGUCUCGUGGUUGUCGGCUACGUUGGAUGCUCGUUCGUUGCAGCCAAUAUCUUUUUCUUCUUUUGUCUGGGCUUCAACGGUGCAGCCGUCAUCUCCAAUCUGUCCAACAACCAAGACCUGUCGCCCAACUAUGCUGGAUUUCUCUAUGGAAUCAUGAACACCAUUGGCACAAUACCCGGCAUUUUUAUUCCACCGAUGGUUGAGGAAAUCACGGGAAAACAAGGAAACACGAUUGAGAGUUGGCAAACCGUGUUUUGGAUAGGUGCUGGCAUUUGCAUAUUCAGCUCGGUGAUUUACAUGGUGGGCGGAAGCGCCAAGGUACAGUCGUGGAACGACCCGCGUCAAGAAGAAACGAGAGCGUAGCAAGCAGGUUUUCAUUUAUACAUCGUCGUACUUGUUUACAUUUUUGUAAAUCUCGCAGAAUCUCGAAUUAUUUCUUUCAAUAAAAAAAAGGUUCAUUACAAAG